CGAGGCCGGCCGGCUCGCCCUUUAUGUAAAUAGCAGCGGCUCCGCCCCCUGCUCGCCGCGCCGGAGGUGAGCAGGAAGGAGACGGCCGCCCAGCAGCCCGUGGGCCGGCGGCGGAGUGAGCGGAGCCGGCGGCCGGUGCGGUGGGACGCCGAGGCCUCGGGCGGGGGCCGGCCUGGGGUUCCAGGGAAGAGGCAUCCUCCCCUGCCAGGAGUUCCUGGCCCCAGGCGCCCGUGCACCCUGCACCCCAUAGAGAAAGUGGUCCAUGGAACUGGAAAUCGUGGAGCCUCUGCCAUCGGUCUGGGACUCCUUGGCUACCCAGUGGAGACAUUGAGCAUCCCUGGCAAGAGUCUCCAGGAGCACAGAGUUUCCUGAAGGAUUCCUCAACUUUCCUGGUCCUUCUAGAAGUGCCAGGGGCAGCUGUUGAGACACCUGAGUGGAGGCCCAAGAGGCCCAUGGUCCCUGCUGCUGGGCUGGCUCCUGUGAGCAGCGCGGCCGCCUGGACUUAUUCUGAGUACUCAGCUCAGAGAAGCUUUCUUAUCUCACUCAGGCGAUACCACUAUCAGGGCUCCUCCUGGGUCGAGGCAUGCCAAGUCUGUUCGGCAACUUUGUUUUCCCCUACCCAGGAGCAGUUUUCAGGGAGAAGCAGGGUAUGGGGCAGGAGGGGGCAUCCCCCAGUGGGGCCGUCAGUCCUGCUUGCUCUUCUCUAGCCUUGGCUCGCGGGGUUCCCCAGGACACCCUCCUCUCCCUGUGCCCUGGCACCAUGGGGCUGUGCCCAGUUCCCUUGGAGGUGACCUCCCCUCCCCACCCUGCUUCUCAGAGGAAACAGGUCCUUUGGAGAGUCACCCUGCUCCUUCCCCUUCCCAGGAACCACAGUGAAUUCUUGAGUAAGGAGAGGCUCCUCUGGGCGUGGGGACAGCUUUAGGUACCUGACUCUACCCUGAAGGAAUUCAGCAGAGACUAGAGCCUUCUCUCAAGACACCUGACUCAGUGUUCCCAGCGUUUGUGGAGAGGGACAUCUGGGCACAGGACUACCUGAGUCUAGUAACUAAUAUUAUUCUUGGAUCCUCCUUGCUGCCGAGCUGGGUGUCCUGGAGCCUUAGUCUGAGGCGGGGCCCACAAAGGUAGCCCCAGCAGGAUGCCAGGCAUGAUGUCUACCUGACCCUGGGCUUGACCUGAGACUUGAGAACAAGGUGGGGAAGUUCCCCAAGGAGCCCCAGCCCAGUGCUCUUUGGGGUCAGCGGUUCCCAGCUGCAGAAGACCUUUGCCUUGUUGAUCUCUGUUUAGUCCUGGCUGUUCCCUCAGUCAUGCGGGGGCUUUGCACUGAGCACCAUGAGGCGGUUCCUGAGGUCAGGACAUGACCCUGCACGGGAGAGGCUCAAGCGGGACCUUUUCCAGUUUAACAAGACGGUGGAGCACGGCUUCCCACACCAGCCCAGCGCCCUCGGCUACAGCCAGUCUCUGCGCAUCCUGGCCAUCGGCACCCGCUCCGGAGCCGUCAAGCUCUAUGGUGCCCCAGGGGUGGAGUUCAUGGGGCUGCAUCGGGAGACGAACGCUGUGGUACAGAUCCACUUCCUACCUGGCCAGUGCCAGCUGGUCACCCUGCUGGAUGACAACAGUCUGCACCUGUGGAGCCUGAAGGUCAAAGGCGGCGUGUCAGAGCUGCAGGAAGAUGGGAGUUUCACGCUGCGUGGUCCCCCGGGGGCUGCCCCCAGUGCCACACAGAUCACUGUGGUCCUGCCGCACUCCUCCCGCGAGCUCCUCUAUCUGGGCACUGAGAGCGGGAACGUGUUCGUGGUGCAGCUGCCGGCCUUCCGCACGCUAGAGGACCGGACCAUCAGCUCGGACGCCGUGCUCCAGCGGUUGCCCGAAGAGGCCCGCCAGCGGCGGGUGUUUGAGAUGGUGGAGGCUCUGCAGGAGCACCCCCGCAACCCCGACCAGGUCCUCAUCGGCUACAGCCGGGGCCUCAUUGUCAUCUGGGACCUGCGGGCCAGCCGCGUGCUCUGCCAUUUCCUCAGCAGCCAGCAACUGGAGAGCGUCUGCUGGCAGCGGGACGGCCACGUGAUUGUCAGCUGCCACUCCGAUGGCAGCUACUGCCAGUGGCCCGUUUCCGGGGACGCCCCACAGCCAGAGCCUCUGCGCAGCUGCACACCUUAUGGUCCUUUUCCUUGCAAAGCCAUUACCAAAAUCUUCUGGCUGACCACCAAACAGGGGUUGCCCUUCACCAUCUUCCAGGGCGGCAUGCCUCGGGCCAGCUACGGGGACCGCCACUGCAUCUCGGUGAUCCACGAUGGCCAGCAGACUGCCUUCGACUUCACCUCCCGCGUCAUCGACUUCACUGUCCUCACUGAGGCGGACCCUGCGGCGGCCUUUGACGACCCCUGUGCCCUGGUGGUUCUGGCCGAGGAGGAGCUGGUGGUGAUUGACCUGCAGGCGGCUGGUUGGCCCCCGGUUCAGCCUCCCUACCUGGCCUCCCUGCACUGCUCUGCCAUCACCUGCUCCCACCACGUCUCCAACAUCCCCCUGAAGCUGUGGGAGCGCAUCGUUGCCGCGGGCAGCCAGCAGCACACGCACUUCUCCACCAUGGAGUGGCCCAUUGAUGGUGGCACCAGUCUGGCCCCAGCCCCUCCCCAGAGGGACCUGCUGCUCACGGGGCAUGAGGACGGCACCGUGCGGUUCUGGGACGCCUCCGGCGUGUGCUUACGACUGCUCUACAAGCUGAGCACGGUCCGGGUGUUCCUCACCGACACAGACCCCAGUGACAGCCUCAAUGUCCAGGGCGAGGAUGAGUGGCCCCCACUCCGCAAGGUGGGCUCCUUCGACCCCUACAGUGAUGAUCCCAGGCUGGGCAUCCAGAAGAUCUUCCUCUGCAAAUACAGCGGCUACCUGGCUGUGGCAGGCACGGCGGGGCAGGUGCUGGUCCUGGAGCUGAACGACGAGGAGGCGGAGCACAGCGUGGCCCAGGUGGAGGCGGACCUGCUGCAGGACCAGGAGGGCUACCGCUGGAAGGGCCACGAGCGCCUGUGCGCCCGCCCGGGGCCCGUGCGUUUCGAGCCCGGCUUCCAGCCCUUUGUGCUGGUGCAGUGCCAACCCCCGGCUGUGGUCACCUCCUUGGCCUUGCACUCCGAGUGGCGGCUUGUGGCCUUCGGCACGAGCCAUGGUUUUGGCCUCUUUGACCAUCAGCAGCGGCGGCAGGUCUUUGUCAAAUGCACGCUGCACCCCAGUGACCAGCUAGCUUUGGAGGGCCCCCUGUCCCGUGUGAAGUCCCUGAAGAAGUCCCUGCGCCAGUCCUUCCGCCGGAUACGUCGGAGCCGGGUGUCCAGCCGGAAGCGGCGGCCAACUGGUCCCUCUGGAGAGAACGGGGAGGCCGGAGCCCCCGCUCAGGCCCGGCCCCGCCCGCUGCAGGGACAGGAGGGGGCGGCCAGGCCCGAGCGCGCAGGGGUGCAGAGCAUGGAGCUGGCUCCGGUGCAGCGCAGGAUCGAGGCCCGCUCAGCGGAGGAUUCCUUCACAGGAUUCGUCCGGACCCUCUACUUUGCUGACACCUACCUGAGGGACAGCUCCCGCCACUGCCCCUCGCUGUGGGCCGGCACCAAUGGGGGUACCGUCUACGCCUUCGCCCUGCGCGUGCCCCCCGCCGAGCGGAGAAUGGACGAGCCUGUGCGGGCAGAGCAGGCCAAGGAGAUCCAGCUGAUGCACCGAGCGCCUGUGGUGGGCAUCCUCGUGCUGGACGGACACAACGUGCCCCUUCCCGAGCCCCUGGAGGUGGCACACGACUUAUCGAAGAGCCCGGACAUGCAGGGAGGCCACCAGCUGCUCGUGGUGUCAGAGGAGCAGUUCAAGGUGUUCACGCUGCCCAAGGUGAGUGCCAAGCUGAAGCUGAAGCUGACCGCCCUGGAGGGCUCGCGGGUGCGGCGGGUCAGCGUGGCCCACUUCGGCAGCUGUCGAGCCGAGGACUACGGGGAGCACCACCUGGCCGUGCUCACCAACCUGGGCGACGUGCAGGUGGUCUCGCUACCCCUGCUCAAGCCGCAGGUGCGGUACAGCUGCAUCCGGCGCGAGGACGUCAGCGGCAUCGCCUCUUGUGUCUUCACCAAAUACGGCCAAGGCUUCUACCUGAUCUCACCCUCAGAGUUCGAGCGCUUCUCUCUCUCCACCAAGUGGCUGGUUGAGCCCCGGUGUCUGGUGGAUUCAGCAGAGACCAAGAGCCACAGCCGCCCCCGCAAUGGAUCAGGCCCAGAGAAGGCCUUGGACCGAACCAGGAACUCAGGGAGCCAGAGUGACGGAGAGGAGAGAAGGCCCGGCCGAGUGAUGGAACAUGCUCUGCUCAAUGACGAGAGGGUCCUGAAGGAGAUCCAGAGCACCCUGGAGGGAGACCGAGGGAGCUAUGGCGAUUGGCGUUCUCAGCGAGUGGCCGUGGGGUACAGUCUCAGCAAUGGAGGAGCAGAGUGAGCAGGUCGUGGGUCGAGGCCGCACCACGAACACACACUACUGAGGGCUCUCCCCGGGGCCCGGCCCCGCCUGCGAGGACCGUGCCCUGGGCUGCACCAGGGGCUGGAGCUGACCCCAGUGUCCGGCCCGCUGCUGCUCUUGGCCUUGGGAGAGGUGGGACCCCGGGGCUGUGGGGUUGCCCCUCCUGGGCCUUGUCUGUCUUGGUUCUCUUGUCAAUGUUGCACAGUUUUUACUCCCUCCCCUUUUUGUAGUGGGCUGGGUUUUAAAUUAUAAAUUUUAAUUGCCUCUGGGUGAAAAAGAGUUUUUAAUAAACACCUUAUUACCUCUUCA